AUGUCUGACGCUGGAGAUGAGAUCAAGGUCGACGAGGUCGAGGCUGAGCCCGAGGUCGCUGAGGCGCCGAAGGGAAAGCUCUCCGUUGAGGACGCUCUUCAGCAAGUUCUGAAGACGUCGCUCGUCCACGACGGUCUCGCGCGCGGGCUGCGUGAGUGCGCCAAGGCGCUGGACAAGCGCCAGGCGCACUUGUGCGUUCUCGUCGAGACCUGCACUGAGGCCGAGUACAUCAAGCUCAUCGAGGCCCUUUGCGCCACCCACAAGAUCCCGCUCAUCAAGGUCGGUGACGCUAAGGUCCUCGGCACCUGGGCCGGUCUCUGCAAGAUCGACCGCGAGGGCAACCCGCGCAAGAUCGUCGGCUGCUCGUGCGUUGUCGUCAAGGAGUACGGCUCGGAGAGCGAGGGCCGCCACGUCCUUGAGGACUACUUCAAGAGCCGCUAA